GGGAAAUAAAUAAAUACCUUACCUACAGAUACUACAUAUAUAUGAUUGAUAAAACACCAUCAAGGUAUAAAUACUACCCCGGCAUGCAGGUGGCUUGAUAGGUUCAUAUUCAAUGCAGAUCCAUGAAAAAAAAAAAGUGCUAUUGUAUUUCCAUGGCCGGGGCCUUCACCGGGCUGGGCUCCUCCAGGGCUGGAAGGUGUGACCACGAGUAACUUGGGGCCCCAACAGCCGCGGACAAGGUUGGUGCUUCUUCUGUAAGAGGUUGCUUUCUCUGGAUGCAUUCGUUUCUCUGACGGGGGGCGCUCUCCGCUGGUUCCGCAACGCAAGAAUGACGCCCAGUUUCUCGUGUGGUGAAUUCUAUUAUUAUUAUUAUUGUUGCAUUUAUAAGGCUUAGACUUUUAUGUACCCAAUUCUUUUUCCUUCCAAGCAUAACAACGUGAACGAAACCACGUUUGUAUUUCAUCCGAACUAGAUUAGGCCAUACAUUUAUUAGUGUGUUCUUUUCCAUUUUAUACAAAGGCAUUCCCCUUGUCACAAAGUUUCUUUUUACCUGUUUCUUACAGUCUGGAGUCAUCAUUAUUAUAAGCAUCCAUCUCCGAACAAGAAACUCUCGGCUUGUAAGACAUACCAUACUACUCAUCACUUUCUUGCCCAAUUUUCCUACGCACAAUUCUCUUUUUCACCUGUACCUAUCUACAAAACUACUCUUUUUUCAUCUUAACACCAAAAAGGACCUUGUUUCGCAAUGCCCGCUGUUGCGGAAUCUGGAGUGCUCAUGUCCGGGGGUGUGGCACACCAGUUGAAGAGCUUUGUAGGAGGAUUCUACGACAACGAAAAUCCCUUGCCUAAGCAGAAGGCCGUCAACGGUUGGGAUCUGAGCCAUGGAAAACACAACGGUAUCAACGGCAACUUCGGGAAUAAAAAUGUCAACGACUACACUCCUCAGCCACCUGACAUAAUCGAUAUUCGCGGUGUUGCAGUUGAGAGCAAUCUCAAGGGAGAGAUCCUGUCGUCUUUUCUCUCUACGCCAGGCCAGCGGGCAAUGCCUACCAUCCUUCUGUACGACCAGCGUGGCUUGCAAAUAUUCGAAGAGAUCACAUAUCUGGAAGAGUACUACUUGACCAACGACGAGAUAUCAGUCUUGGAGUCCUCCGCCUCUGAGAUAGCUCGCGCAAUUCCGGACGGAUCUAUGGUGGUUGAGCUGGGGAGUGGUAAUCUACGAAAGGUCAAUCUUCUCCUUCAAGCCAUCGACAAAGCCGGCAAAAACGUAGAUUACUACGCAUUGGAUCUUUCCAAGGAGGAGCUAAAGCGUACACUGGCUCAAGUGCCUCAGUAUAAGCAUGUCCGCUGCCACGGUCUUCUGGGAACAUAUGACGACGGCCGGGAAUGGUUGAAAGAGCCCACGAGCCUCGGUCGCCAGAAGUGCGUCAUGUCGCUUGGCUCAAGCAUUGGUCAGUCACAAAAUGCGAGUUUAUGCCUCGGAGCAUAUUAUACUUACGCCUUCACGGUUACCACAGGCAACUUUCGCCGCGACGAAGCCUCAGAUUUCCUGCGCGGCUUUUCCGAGGUGCUACGUCCUGGAGACUCCAUGAUUAUUGGGGUUGAUUCCUGUUCCGAUCCCGCCAAGGUUUAUCAUGCAUACAACGGCAAGUACUGGAUGGACAACUCGAAAGGCAUCACACACCAGUUUGUCCUCAACGGCCUUGUUCACGCAAACAAAAUCCUUGAGCAGCAGGCGUUUAAACUUGACGAUUGGAAAGUUGUUGGCGAAUACGUUUAUGACGAAGAAGGGGGUCGACAUCAAGCCUGGUACUCGCCAAUCCGUGAUACGUGGGCUUUGGGCCAACUCAUACCAGCGGGCGAGCGUGUCUUUGUCGAGCGAAGCGUGAAAUACAGCAAGCCCGAGACUGAGAAACUCUGGCAAGACGCAGGGAUGGUUGAGGCUGGCAAGUGGUCCGUCGGCCAAGAAUAUGGGGUCCAUGUUCUAACGAAGCCUACAACACCUUUUGCGCUGACUCGACGUGAAUAUGCGAGCACAACUACGCCAACCAUGGAGGACUGGAAGGAACUUUGGGCGAAAUGGGAUGCUGUCACUCGCGGAAUGCUCCCCAAGAAGGAGCUUCUCGAGAAGCCCAUCAGACUGCGAAAUGCCUGCAUAUUUUACCUGGGCCACAUCCCGACCUUCUUGGAUAUUCAGCUUACCAAGACGACCAAGGAACCGGCGACGCGGCCGGAGGAUUAUGCCCACAUUUUUGAGAGAGGUGUCGAUCCAGAUGUUGACAACCCGGAGCUGUGCCACUCUCAUUCCGAGAUACCGGACGAGUGGCCUCCAGCCUCGGAGAUCGCAGAAUAUCAGGAACGGGUUCGAUCUAGGGUCCGCAGCAUCUACUCUCGUGGCGUUGGAAAUAUCCCCCGCAAUGUUGCUAGAGCUAUCUGGGUUGGCUUUGAGCAUGAGGUCAUGCAUUUGGAGACGUUGCUGUACAUGCUACUCCAGAGCGACCGAACACUGCCUCCGCCGGGCGUCGUCACUCCCGAAUUCGAGAAGAUGGCGAUCGAGGCCAGGGCCAAAAGGGUGCCAAACCAAUGGUUCGAGAUCCCGGCAACCGAGAUCAUAAUUGGACUUGAGGAUCCAGAGGACAGCACGGAUUCUAAUGGGCAUUUCGGCUGGGACAACGAGAAACCUCAAAGAAAGGCAAGAGUAGGGACGUUUCAGGCAAAAGCGAGACCAAUCACCAAUCAAGAGUAUGCCGCGUACAUGUACGAGAACAAUGUCGACAAGAUUCCUGCCUCGUGGUCGGCGAUGAAUUCCAACAUUUCAACCAACGGGAAGAAUGGUGCCAAUGGCCAUGCUGCUUCAAAUGGGAACGGCCACGCUGGAAGCAAUGGAACAUAUGCCAACGGUCACAGCAACGGUCACGGCAGCAAGGGUGAUGAUGACCAUAUCGACGCUCCCCCGAAAUGUUUCCUGGCGGAUAAGGCAGUGAGAACCGUCUUUGGACUGGUACCGCUCGAGAACGCCCUAGACUGGCCCGUGUUUGCUUCAUAUGACGAGCUUGCUGGUUGCGCUUCCUGGAUGGGAGGCAGGAUUCCGACCUUUGAGGAAACCAAGAGCAUCUAUGCGUACGCUGAGGUAAUGCGCAAGAAACAGGCGCAGAACAUUUUGGCUGGAACAGUUCCAGCUGUCAAUGGUCAUCUUUCCAACAACGGUGUUGAAGAGACACCACCAUCACGAGGAGCCAACCUGGCCUGUGAGGAUGGGACAAGCCCAUCCACACAAGCAGAAGAGAACCUGUUUAUUGACCUUGUCGGAUCCAACGUUGGAUUCCAGAACUGGCAUCCAACUCCGGUGACAGCUGAUGGUGGGAGACUGGCCGGACAGGCGCAGAUGGGAGGCGUCUGGGAGUGGACCAGCUCGCCGCUGCGGCGGCACGAAGGCUUUGAACCGAUGUCCCUGUACCCUAACUACACAGCCGAUUUCUUUGAUGAGAAGCACAACAUAAUCCUGGGUGGUUCUUGGGCUACACACCCUCGCAUCGCGGGCCGGAAGUCCUUUGUCAACUGGUACCAGCGCAACUACCCCUACGCCUGGGCGGGUGCGAGACUCGUCCGUGACGCCAAGAACUAGGCUUGCUAUGCGUAUAUUUGUUUCGUUGUACAGAAAAACUGUUUCAAUCUUGGUGGACCAGUAGUGUGUCGCUCGAAAAAGUUACUGUGUGUAUGAUGUACAGAAAAAAGUCUCCUUUUUUCCCUGGCAGUUGCUAUACUUUACCUUUGAGGGAGAUUCUGAUCAGCCUGGAUCAGUUGGAAAGACGAUAACUGCCCGCUUUUUUUUUGGUCGCGCCGUUAUACUUCAAAAGUAUGUCAAGUUUUUUCAAGCUACGUUGGAAAUCUUUUUUUUUUUUUAAUUAAAACAUCAUCUUGGUUUUACGGUUUUGGAAACAUCGUUUUCUACAUGAAUAGUCACAGAGUUGCGUUUUAUCCGCUUUUCAUGUUAUGGAGCAAGAAAAAGUACAACCGUACUAGGUCAAUGUCAAAAGUGGCUUUUCUUUUUAAACGAAGAAAGAAAAAAAGAACAUAAUUCAAAAAAAAGUGCACCAGAUUUAUCUAAAAUCCAUAAUCCGACAAACGUACCCUUCGCCUCCCAGGUGUAGAUGAUCUCCUAUAGCUGAUUGACGACAUGGUCGCCGACUGCAAAACCGACGGCAGCUCGGCGAUGGACGCCCUCCUCCUCGAGCUGUUUGACGCCACCGGCGGCGGCAUGAAGCCCGCGACGCUGGCCGAGCGGUGCCGACGCAGCAAGGUGUGGUCGUAGCUACGGUGACGAUGGCGCGACAGCUCCGCGCCCAGGCCGGCCCACGGCUCGUCCAUGUCGUCGUCUUCUGGAAAGUAGACCUCGUCCAUGAAGUCGUUGUCGUCGAAAUCUUCGUCGUAAAAGUCGAUGAGGCUCGCGGCCGGUCUCCUCCUCCGGCUGAACCCGCCGCGGAGGCUGCCUUCCAUCACGGCGGCGUUGCCAACGGCUUGACUGAGCCCGUUGAUUAUAUGUGCCUGCUCGGUGGCCCCGUCGCUGGUCGUGCUGCUGUUGCUGCUCCCACCACUGCCGGCAUUACUACUGCUGGAAGAGCUCCUGCUGUAGCUGGAGGUCGCUGAGCCGCUGCUCUUGGGACUGCAGCUGCCUGCCUUGGACACGGAUGACGACGUCCAUCGGCCCGUCUUGAUGGCCAGCGAGGGUGACCGCUGCGGGUCGGUGGAGGUCUGGCCCUUUGCGAGAGGUUUGGAAGAGGCUUUCCUUGGCGAGUUGGGCACCACUGUCGUCGGCGUCGUCGUCAAGGUCGUCGGGCCUGUGGAGAAAGGCCAGGUGGUUACCUGGUAAAGGGACUUGAGUACAGCGUGGACGAAGACUGCCCCGGCGAAGAGGAGGAGUAGGGUCGCGGCGACAAAGGUGGUUGAUAUCGCGGCGAGGGCGAGUGGGCCCGACAGCACGGCGAUGGUGCCGACCAGCACAACGUUGCCGAGUUUCGACAUGACCAGUCUUUUUUUUUUGUCUUUCUCUCUGUCUCGUUUCUGUCCUUUGGUUUCUUUUAUCUUUUUGUGCGGGCCUUUUUAAUUUGUUUGUUGUGACUUCCAACUUAUUGUGCUGUUACUCGGUUCCGUUAUAACUGUGUUUGGUGUUUCUUUUGCCUCGGCAGGUUAUCAAGUAACAUCAAGACUCAAAUAGUACUUGACGGAUAGUCGGUGGCGUGUUGUUAAAAUUGCUAAAGAUCAAUCGGCAGCGGCUUCGGCACACCAAGAUUAGAUGCCACAAGUCGCUGAAGAUAGAGAACAGAUACGUAAUCCGACGGCGAGUAUGUGUGUAUCGUCUCUUUUUUUCCCCUUUCUUUGCUUUGGUUGUCCUUCUUUUUUUUGUCCGCCAAAGUCAGUACAAGCCUAAUGAGGCAAGCAUCAAUCCGGGACGAGCGGCUUCCUGUCUAACAAGCAAACUUUGUAAAAUCCAUCAGAGAUUUGUUUGAGUAGGCUUGAUAAUCAGGGCGCAAGCACACACUGUUUGCUCUAUCAUAGAUGACAUGUGAAACUCUGCUGAUGAAUGAAGGCAGUUAGGCAGAAGAAAAAAAAAAAGAAAAAAAAGACUUGGUUGGUUGGUGGUGGUGUGUUGGGUAGCCAAAAGGUAAUCGAAGUCUGAACAGCAACAGCCGAUUGACUGACUGACUACCUUACCCGGCUAUUCGUUCG